AUGAAUUUUGCUUUGGUUCUGUCGCUGUUGUACUGCGGCCACGCGUUUGUUGAAAGUGUGAAGCAGGUAUGUUUCUGCCCAUUUAUUGAAAAUCUAAGCAUAGUCCUCGUUUGAAAUUUAUCGGUGAAAAUCGCUUUUGUUGGGAAGUGGAUAGACAAACGGGUCCAGGGGCAGCCCCCACUCCCAGAAAAUCUUGAAAGCUAUAGCCCAUGACAGGGUUCGUACAUAUCAGAUAAUCAGAGAGAGUCAAAUUCAAGGACUUUUCAAGGACAUUCAAAACCAUGUAUCAGCAAAUUCAAGCACUAAAUGCUGAACCGAAGAAGGCGUUAGAAAUCAGUAUAAUGUCACGUUGAAUUGUCCAAAACGCAACUUUAAUCAAUUUCGAACAGCUUUGUCAGAUAUGAACGUGCAAAAUCAAUUCAACAUAAUGGCCGUUUUUGAAUGUCAAACCGCUCAGAAAAUAUUCAUAAACUAAAGCAAGAAAAAUAAAAAACUUUCAAGGGUUAGUAUUUCUUUACAAAUUCGAGAAUAUUCAAGGCCUUGAAUUUUUGUUUUCAAAUUGAAAGAGAUUCAAGGACUUGCAAGUUUUGUACGAACCCCUGCUCAAUGAAACGGCUUUCCUGCUUCUGGGAAGGUUAAACAGAAAGUAGCUCAUUUUGGCAUGCAAGAAAUAGCUCAUCUUGUAUUCUAAUUUCUCCGGUUCCGCCGCUGGCUACGGAGGUAUUGUGAUACCCCCACCCGUGCAGCUGGGCUUUUUAGGCGCCAAAUUUCGACAAAUCAGAGUGCAUGAAAAGUAAUAGUCACUUCACAAUUUCUAUUAAUAAGGAAGUCCCUUAGUGGACCUUUAGGGACUUUAUUAUUCAACAUUAGUAAUUGCAUUCUUCAACGUAGGGUAUUCCCGCACUGAAUAGUUAUGAUCUUGGUUCGUGUAACGAGAACGCUCAUGGUAAAGAAGUGUUGGUCAACGACAGAUUAGAUGAAGAAAUAAUUUUGAUUUGUGUUAAAGAUAAAGGUGUUUACCAGUGGAAGCCCACAGAUGGUAAGUCCGGUCAAGGAUUCAAAAUUGCCUCGAGCACAUAUUUAGGUCUUUAACAUAAAUUUUGGACAUGUCACGUUGGCAAAAGGUUCAAUAGGCUCUUCCAAGAUUAAAGACGCCAUUUGAAUUUAUUGUUUUCACUAUAAUUGUGUUUGCACCCCCUGCAAAUUUACGUAUAGGAAAUUGCAUUGUGUUUGCACCCCUUGCGCUAUUGUGUUUCAUUAUGGCGUUGUUAAUCUUGGGAGGGUCUAUUCCAACCAAGUAUAUCAUAUAUUGUACAUUUACAUAUUCUUUCUUGAGUAAGUUGGUGAAAACAAACAAAAGAUAAUAUGAUGUAUAGAAAAGAAUAUUCUCGUUUUGGCAACAAGAUUAAACAGGAUCUUAUUUAAUAUAACCAGUAUAAUAAGGUAAUUUAAUUAAAAUGGUAAACUUCUGCUGUUUGCAUAUGGGAAUGACUGAAAUAACCUAUGAAAUAUGGGAAGUACUUCACGCCUGUACUUUUUGGUCAGGAAAAUGUAUCUGAGCGGGCUAAUGUGUGAUGAAACCUUUAUACAAUCAUACAACGAAAUUAAAUUUCUUCCAGUUCUCAAUAGAGCAUCAUCAAUCCCUUAGCCAGUGAUGAAAAUUGAUCAAAUCCACUCCUCAGAUAUAGGACAUGAUCAAUCCUUUAAUCCACUAGUACUUGGAGGUGAUCGGAACUUUAUCUAUAUCCAGUACUGGAUCAAGUCACUUAAUCAAAACGUUAUCGAGUGAUAGGACCUAAUAAAACUUUCACCUAGUAUUAAAUAGAGCAUGAUCAACCCUUUUUUCAAUGCUAUAAGAUUUAAACAAAACAUUAUUCAUUCCUAAAUGGAGCAUCAUCAAUCCUUGAUCCAGUCCUAGGAUGUAAUCAAACCAUUAUAUCCAAUCUUGAAUAUGACAUCAGGAUCAAUCCUUUAUUGAGUAUCAGGUGUUUUAUCAAAUCUAUUGGACUAAGACAUCGUCAUGAUUUUAUUACAGAAUAAACAGAUACCGAAUUAGUACGAUUUCUUGUUAGCGCCUAUGAUGUGGCGUACCGUUGCAGUGCUACCGCAAUGUUCCUAGCCAGUGAACUUAUGAAAGGCAUCACCACUGAAAAUAUUCAAACUGACGGACGUUCAAUAAUGCCUCCUAUAUGCGCACUGGCUAAGAACCUGACAAGCUCGAGUGCAUUUUGAUGACGAGUCAUUGCGAAUCAUAGUGUCACGUCUUCUUGGCUGCACGAGUCGUCCUAUUAGUGUUUAUUAUGUGAUAUUAUUCAGCCUUUGCCUCAGGAUUUCAUCAAAACAUUUACAAAAUGAAAUGUUACAUGCAAAGUAAAAGUUCCUAUUCCUCUAGGCUCUAUAAACACAGUUGGCGAAUUUUUCAACCCUGGUCUUAAUUGUUCUGAUAUCUUGGACAAGCUUGAAGAUGCCAAAGAUGGAUUUUAUUGGAUCACUUUAAAGGGUUCAAAUCCCAUAAAGGUUGGAGUUUUUAUGAUUUUUUUAUAAACCGUUUGCUCAAUGUUUUGUUUAUUAACCAAAUUCUAUCGAUGAAAUAUUAUUUCGUGCGUUACUCUGGCUCUGCAUCGAAUUUCAUGCUAACUUGACCAGACAAUACUUGAUAAAUAUAAAACCAAGCCAAACUUGGCAAAAACUGCAUAAUCCUGGCUUAUUAAUCCAGGAUUUCCUGCUUAAAUCCACUGUGCAAAAUACUAGUUAAACCGAUUUAAAGAUACAUUAAUUAAUCACGAACUAUACCAAUGACAAUAAACCUUACUGAAAUUAUGUUAUUUUUGGAGAUUAAGAGGGAAAUUUUAACCAUAAAGAAUGUUUUGUUUUUUAUCUUUCCUUAAUUUUAUCUUUUGUUCAGGUCUAUUGUGAUAUGACGACAGAUGGUGGAGGCUUCGUGUUGGUUGGUCGCAAGACUAAUUCCAUCACGUGGACCGUCCCCUCUAAUAAUAUGACAGUUAAACCGUACGGUAAACCUCAUUGGUCGAGUUCUCUGGGUGAUGUACCAAUUCUGGACUUCAGAGUGCAGAUGGCGACCAAGGAGGAUUUCAAAGCCACAAAGGCUCACUGGUAGGUUUCGAAAAGAUCAAGCUUUGCGUAUCACUUAUGUCUUACACUAUCAACAAAAACUUUUUAAGCUCUAACACGCUCAUCUUGGAUGGACCAAGGCCGUGUUCAGGGGGGUGAUUUCUUUUUUUCAGGGGGGUGAUUUCUUUUUAGUCUUUUUUCUUUCAGGGGGGUCAUUUUUUUGGUGAUUUUUCUUUUGGUGAUUUCUUUUUUAAGUUGUUUGAUCAUAAUUUUACUCAGUCACAUGUGAGAAGAAUAUAUUUCCAAUUUGACGAAGCAAAAUGCUGCAGGUUUCCUGUUACUCUUAAAUUUUUCGUGUAAUAGCAUUGAACAAAUGACGGAUGUGACGGAUAACCUUUACUGAACCUUAAAGAAAAACACAUUGACACUGAUUAACUUUAAUUUAAAUUGAGUCGAGCAAAAAAUCCAAAACUUACAACAGUUAUCUAAUCAAAACAUUGGCAAUAUGUGUCAAAGUACUAUAGAUUUCAAUCAAAACGUCCAUUGGAACAAUUAUUAUAAAAUAACAUGUAUAUAACGCGUGCUCUAAUUGGUCGAAACUCGUGUUUGGAUCAGGCCAUCCAAACACGGAAGACUAUAGUGUUGUUGUUAUUUUAUAAUACAAUUACUCUAUGGUUUCCGUGUUUGAAUGGCUUGUUCCAAACACUUGGGAAUGUUGCUCAAGUUAAGAAAAGCGCGCAAAAUCACUCGCCUUCGACUCGUGUUUCGCGCGCUUUUCUUAACUCUUGCAACAUUGCAGCGUGUUUGGAUCAGACCAUCCAAACACGGAAAUCAUAAAGUAAUUGUAUAAUGAUGCAUAAAUACUGAUGGAUGUGAUCAAAGAUCAGCUGGAAUUGGAAACAUUGCUUACUUCAAAUAUCUUCUAGAAAAGAGAUUUUUACUACAAACAUUGUUAUACUCUAACACGCUCCAGCUUUGCAUAUCAGUUUAGCCUAAAUUUAGGAACUUUACUUACACUACCUGCCAAAGUUUUCGUAAAGCCUGGUUUCCAUAUGGUCGUAAACCGGUAAACGUGUCGUAACAGUGUCGUAAAUGUCGUAGAGAUAAAGUCAGAGUCUACAGUUCUCUACGACAUUUACGACACUGUUACGACACGUUUACGACCAUAUGGAAACCAGGCUUAAGUUCCAGAAGCUUAACUUGAAUGCGCAAAAACCUCAUUUAGUGUUCGGCACAGUAGUUAAAAUGGAGGUUCAGAUUUGAGUUACGCUACCGCAGCCAUUAAGGAACCAUUAUAUACCAGUUCAGAUGCGUUUGGUAUAUCCCAUUAGCUAAUCAGAUCGAUGCGUACUAAGCCGGUGAGAGGUAGUGGUGGCGGCAGUGGAAGUCAAAUCUGAACCUCUCUAAUAUAUGUAAACUGCGAACUUGUGUAGAUUAUGCAACUAUUUGAAAAAUGCAUGUAAAAAGGAAUUCGAUCUACUGCCCUUUGUCUGGACGUUUGUUACUUCCAUGCAGUUUGACUCUGCAAAAUACCUUAGUUGUUUUCCCGUUGCUCCUUUUUCCCUGUAAUAGGCAAUUCCAGCUUUUAGUUUAUGCCUGCAGGGGAUGAUGGGAAGUAAGGUAUCAUAGUGCUGAUUAUGCUGAAAAUUUGCAAUAAAAGCUACCGAAACAACCAAAAUAUUUCAAUAUUUACAAGUAUAUGCUAUCACUCCGUGUUUACACGGCCACCAUUUCUACUUUUUCAGCAUAAUCAGCAAUGUGAUACCUUACUUCCCAUCGUCCCCUGCACGCAUAAACUAAAAGCUGGAAUUGCGUAUUGAACCAAUUAACAAUUGGACUGUUACGUUCACCGUAACAAGAAAAACUUAAAAACAGAAGAGUCUUAUUUUUAAAAUUAUUUAUCAAUAAAAGAAAACUAAAAGAACGAAGAAUCAGGAUAGCUUAAACUUAUCUGUCUAUAUUGACAAUGACACAGCUUUGCUUUUCAGACUUUGUCCUUUCACACUUUAUAAUAUAGUUCCUUUCUUUAAGUCUUUACGACGACAAUAACUCCACAAUAUCAAAUUCUUCUUCUCUAAACUUUUAAUUCUCCCACUAGCUUAAGCUUUCGCUGCUUAUAUACUGUCCGCAAGAUAUUAAUAGAACAUUACAUAAUUACUAUUUUUAGAUAUUACGUAAACGAUAAAUAUAGAAAAAGCAUGACUCAGCAUAAUUACGUAAUGUCUUAAAUUAAGAAUGUUCAAGACGUGACUGACUUCACGUCACAUGGACAACGAGGCCGAGUUGUACAUGAGCGAAUAGUCAACGAAGGCGUAGCUUGAGUGAUUAUUCGCCAUAAACAACGAGGCCAUGCAUGUUGUCUAACUGUUUUACUAUACACUCCUACUCAAAAUACAAACUCCGGCACAAUAUGAAAAAUUUAAAUCAAAUUUAAAACCAUGUACGAGCGUUUAAAUUAUUUCUUUUAACCUUCGAUGCUUCGCUCGCGGAUUUUUUGUUUACUUUUCGCAAAGAACCCGGUGAAUUGUUUUUUAAAGAAUGUGCACAGCUCGUGAGCUUUGAAAAGAUUUUAAAACAAGCCGAAAAACAGUCAUGAUAUUAACGAAAAAUACAAGCGAAGUUUUGAAAAUGAUAAGAGGACGAAACAAGACUUAAAAGUCCAGAACUUAAGAUGUUUUCAAAACUGUAAACAAUAUGGUUUCCGGAAAUGUUGCAGUGUUUGCAUUAAAAAAUCGUAUAAAAUGCACGAAAACCAAUCCUUAUGUCGUUGAAGUCGAUUAAAUACAUAAAAAAAUAACCAUGUAAAACAAUAUUGUCACCUGAAAUGCAUAGAUUUAACAUUAAAAUUUUAUCGAAAAACUCGGAAGCUAUAAUUAAGGAAACGUCGAAGCACACAAAAAAACAUUUAAAGGGGGGAUGGAGCCUUAAAAUAUUACUGCUAUAAACAUAAAAUCGCAUUUUAGACAUAAAACAGUUAAAAGACGAGAAAAACAUAUGAUUAAGAAACUAUACAAGCACCUGAAAUUUGAAACGGUUUUGCUUGUCAUAUGCGCAAAAAAUUUUCUCAGCAACUCCGUUUGUCUUCGUGUCACAUUUUAUGGCAAGUAACAGCAGAUUUAUGAUUAAAAUACGAUUUAAAUUUUGCUUCCAACCAUUAAACGUCUUCAGACCAUAUUUUGUAGUCUUUUUGGUUCUUCGGGCAAAGAAUUUUCGACCAAAUUCCUCCAAAACCUUUGCAAAACAAACGUUUUCCGGAAUCUUAUUCUCUCAACCAUGGACCGUUACAUAAUGGUCCAUGGUUGAGUAGCCAAUAAGAAUUCUGGAUUUGUAAUGGUCGCUGGUUGAGUGUAUAACGGAUGACCCUUACUGAACCUUGUGGCCUUACUGAAACAAAUUAAUUCUAAUUUGAAUUGAAUCGAGUAUAACAUGUCCAAAAUUUACUACAGUUAUAUAUAUUUAAAAAUAUUGUCAAUGUGUUAAGGUCCUAUAGAUUACAAUCAAAACGCCCUUUGAAACAAUUAAUGAUGAAUACUGAUGGAUGUGAUCAGAGAUCCGCUGGAAUUGGAAACAUUGCUUACGUCAAAAAUCUCCUAACAAAGAGCAUUGCUAGUACAACGUUACGUUGCUCCAAAUUUGGUUAUGCUUAUCACCAUUUGGUUAAAUUUGGAUGGGUAUGUUCUAUGUAUUCACAUUACAUGUUUUGGUACGUUUGUAAACUACAUUCAUGAAUAUUGCACGCGAAAUUCAAAAAAAUUGCAUAAAGUUUAUACAAGAACAAACUAUAGAAAACAAUCUGUUGUUAGUAAAGGUAUUGACAUUUGGAAUAAUUUAAGUACUGAGUUAAAAAAUAUUGGAUCAUAUAUGGUUUUCAAAAAAAAAUGUGAAAACAUACUUUAUAUCACACCAGUCAGAUAAUUAAUCAUCCUAUUUUAAUGUAUAAAGUUUAAAAAAUCUGAAAAAUUUUGUAAAUAGACUAACUUUCCUUUAAACACUCUCACAAUUGUAGGCUAUAUAUUUUCGUUAUUAUAUUAUGUACUAUUUUUAUGACAUCGUGAAAUUAUACUAAGUAAAAAAAGUUUUGUUAUAACUAGGGGUCUUAAAAUAAAAGCCCAAAAGGGUUUCUAAAAGAUCUCUAGCCCUACGUAUAGAUUAUAAAAAAUGUAAAUAGAUAAAUUUUAUUGUACUUUGGAAAAUUGGGCGAAAUAAAUAAAUAAAUAAAAUAAUAAAUGCACUGGCUACCACAUUUGAGGUAGUACAAGCCCAGCGCUUCUACGCUUAAUUAUAUGUCAUAUAUCACUUUUGUGCCGUCGGAUUUAUGUUUUGCUUCUUGUUAUAAUCCGACCAUGAGGACUGAUAUAGUCCAGUUUGAAUUAAAGGAUUUAAAAUGACAUCUCAUAGCAAACUACUUAAAGUGAGAUGAAUUAAUUUUCAUCAAAUCCAAGGAUUGAAAUCAUUUUGAUCUAGUCCUAGGACUGGAUCAACAUACUUCACCAGGUAUCCAGUAUUAUCAUGUGAGCAAAAUAAAGCAAUACGGUUAGCUAAUUUACUCAUGAAUUAUUAAUGAGUCUAAAAUUUAUUUAUUUUUAGCAUAAGAUGAAUUUGUGUUUACAAAAACCAUGUCCAUGGGGUUUUGCUUUUCAUGAUACCGCAAAAAGUCAAGUCGAUUUCAACGGAGGAUUCAGGUAAGACUCUUGUUAAUAUUCUAGCUCCUGUUUUCUAUAGUUCUAGUUACAAUGUUAUCACUUGCAAUAAUUAUAUUUUCCCCAAACAGUUUCAGCACUACAGGAAGCAAGUCUGGCAUGGAGUACAACGCAACUGCUUCAGUAGGAUGUGACAACGGAUAUGUAAGCAGAUUUUACCAAAAAUAUAUUGUUUAUGAUCAUGACCAUGGAAAAGUUUGCUUUAUAUUACACCUUCAUGAAACCUUGUUUCUACAAGAUAAUGUUUAACACAUCUUUUUAAGUUAAUUGAUUUGAAAUUGUUUGUUAUAUGCGUCAAUCGUGUGUUUAAAAUUAGCCCAUUGCGCUCUGGCGCACUCUUCUUAAAGACGUAAAAUUUUCUGGCGUUAGACAGAGUAAAAUAAUAUCGUAACUAGUAAAGCACACCAAGCCGCAGUUCAACUCAUGAUCAAUGGGUUAAUUUCAUUCGAACUAGCUAACUUACAGGCAUUUCAACUGGAUUAAUAUACGUACAAGACAAGGGGCGUUGGGGGAGGGACAAUUACUCCCCCCCCCCCUCCCCAAAAGGACCUUGGAAAACUAUAGAAAUUCGCGCAAAUGGCAGCAAAAAUGAAGAAAAUUCGGGCAAAUAUAUCACAAAAUACGUUAAAUUUUGGUAAUUUCAUUUUAAUAUUUAACAAGAAUUCGGGCAAACUUUCACGUGCCCCCUUCCGGAAGGUAUCAGGCCUGUACGCUUAUAGUGGGAUCAGAUUUAAGUAUUACCCCAAAACACUAAAACGACUAAUACAAUGUUAGAAAGGUGAGGAGACAUUUUAACGUACCAAGAAUAAUGUAAUUUUUGUACAUAACUAGUGUUGUGGCUGCUACGGUCCUGUGGGUGGUACGAAAGAUUACUGUACUGAAAAUUGUAAAGCCAUUAAUGGUGGCACAGUUACAAAGCAUGUGUUCACGUGGUUUUGGGUAAGAUCCAGUCUUCCUAAAAGACUGUGGAAGAAAUGUAUGGAUUAUCAAGUGAAGCGAGAUGAUGGGAAAUUGAUUUCGUAUAAGUUGGUUGGACACAAUGUUCUUCCUGUUGAGGUAAAGAUGUAAGGCUCAAGUUCUGGGUCUGGAGAAAGUUGACGUGGUUUGAUAAUACACUUUCAUAUUUUUGUUAUUCAAUGUGAUGCAUGAUAUUUUAUGUUAAUGAUCAUGCUUUUCAUUUAUACACAAGGGUCGCUGUAGUGAAGAUUCCACACUUCUCCACGAUGGGGUAUGACAUUACGACAUACAUAAUUUAAUGUAUUUAUUCAAUCAUCAGAUUUUAACAGUCAACUACAAUAGAUGUUACAAAGGAAAACAUAUUCAUAUAUUAUUUUAUUAUAUAAACAUAAGUGUUAUAUAGAGUUUUUGGCCACUGAGAAAAAUCGUAUUUAAACACACGUAAAAAAUACGAUAUUUUUACGUGUGAAAAUAUCAUUUGUUGUAAAACGUAUUGCCACCGACGUUUUAUUGUUUUUCAUUGAAUUUUGUUUAUAUAAUAAACAGAAAAAUACAUGGGAGCUUGGAAAUACCAGAUUUAUUUCUCGUGUUGAACAUGAUAUCUCACUCGUUCGCUGCGCUCACUCGUGAUAUAUCAUGUUCAACACUCGAAAUAAAUCUGGUAUUUCCGCGAACCCAUGUAUUAUUCUCUAUAUUUUGGAUAUUAAUUAUAAUUUCAGAUUGUGGUCGUACCAGACUCUUCUGCUGCGCAGAAAGUUCCAGCAGUUGAUGGUCUACUUGAAUUCCGCAAGGACAAGCAAGAACUUCUUGUUAGAGCGAACAAAACAUGGAACGUACUGGCCCCAGAGAACAAGGUAGAACUACAAAUCAAUUCAAACCUGAUUGCUAAGUUUAUCUCGGUCGAUUAGAAAAGGGUCCAAAGUUUUAGAAUUAUACCAGUUGGUAUAUCUGUUUGGUUUGUUUGCCUGUGUAUCUAGGUUUAAAUUAUUUUUGUUGUUUAAUUACGGCCUCAGUUAGCUUAAUCCUAGAUUUAUAAAAAACGUCAAUUUAGCAGUCUUCCGAACCGUUUGUUGUGAAGAAUAUCUAGAUCAACAGACGUUUUGAAAUAAGCGUAUUUGCAGAUUUUUUGUUUUUUCCCUAUCUUUGGCUUUCUGUUUAAGAUCCUCCAAGAGACGAUGAAUAGAAUCAAGAAACUUAAGCAAAAUUCGACCAAUGAAAAGAAAGUCGUAAGUUAUCAUCAGUCUGGCAUAAAAAGCUCUCAGCAUCCAACCUUUAUUGUUUUGCUUAAAAUUAACACAUACAGUAUUGAAUGAACUUAUUUUAACUCAUUUUGAACGUAAAUCAAAUCGUUGUAGCUAAAAUCGUUGUAUAACCUGUGCAAUAAAUGUUUCGAGAGACAAAUAAAAAAGACAAGUUGAAUUGAAUUUGGACUAGCCAUAGCUAAAUAGACCUUUCCCCUUUUGAGUGAAAUUUUGAUCUAGACAAGUCUGGACAAAAAUUUCAUCACAGCUGGAAAGAGCAUCACAAAAUUAGUAAUAUUCCGAAGUUUCGUUGCGAAAUGUUGUAAAAUGCGGAUAAUAUAGCUUUGCGAAGUUUGCCGUUUUUCAGUCAUUUUGCAUUACAAACGGGAAAUUGAUAAUCAGUUUGAUCAUCUGAUUAUCAAUUUGCCAGCCUAGUCCCAGGCUCUCUCUCUAUUCGCUGCUUUGAUAUAUUUAAUUAAGUCUUAAAAGUUUUAUGCCUGGGUGUGCUGUGCGGAACGCUUCAGCGAGAGAACCUAGCAGAUUCGGUAAAAUGGUCCCUGAUUUCAAAAAAGUGGUCUCUGGCCUUGUUACCAAACAUACCGCAUUUGUAAAUAGAAAAUGUUAUGGAAAUUUUCUUUGCGUUUAUAAUUAAGUCAUUAGUUUUGCUCUAAUGCUGUCGAAACAAUGAAAUAGGCUACGUUUCGCUACCAUACGGUCAGAAUGGAAUAACGGGCUAAAUAUGACGCGUGUUCACUAAAAUAUAAAGCCAUAUUAAAUGCUAUCUAGAAGCUUGAAAAUUAUGCCGAGUCUCCGACUAAAAAUGUUUUUACAAGACAGUUAUGUCAGGCAAAUAUUUCCAAUCUCCUCAGCUACUUAAACCUGUCAAGUAGAAAGCGUAUAUAGUUGUGUAUACCAGUAUGGUCUAGUGUUGAUCACAACUUGCGAGUAUAUAAAUAACAUCAACGAUUAUACGACCAUUGCUCAGACUCAGUAUCGUAAAUUUGUAAAUGAUUUUUUUUAAUUGAGCAUAUUUUUAAUACAGUUCGAAUUUGGUUAUGUAGACAUCGAACAUGAUCAACGAACAUUGUCGUAUUUAAAAGGUUAUUUGUAUAUAUAAAUUUUCCGCCAUAUUAAAAAUACUGAAAUCUGCUAGGCGUUCUGAAGCACCUUUAGCGGUAACGUCACACCUAGGUCCCAGUCUCGUACUACAUCCACGUUUUUUCUCGCGCUUGCUUCAGAACGACUGGGACUAGGCUGUCAAUUUGCCAUUUGUGAUACAAAAUGACUGAAAAACGGCAAAUUUCGCAAGGCUAUAUUAUCCGCAUUUUACAACAUUUCGCAACGAAACUUCGGAAUAUUACUAAUUUUGUGAUGUUCUUUCAAGCUGCGAUGAAAUUUUUGUCCAGGAAUAUCUAGAUCAAAAUUUCACUCAUAAGGGGAAAGCCAAUAUCUUAACAAUAAGCCAUUUCCAAAUUAUACCGUCGAAUUCCUACAUACAAUAGGUGCAUGGUGUGCAAGUUAAUAUAGCCCUGCGAAAUUUGCCGUUUUUCAGUCAUUUUGUAUUACAAAUGGGAAAUUGUUAAUCAGUUUGAUCAUCUGACUAUCAAUUUCCCGUUUGUAAUACAAAAUGACUAAAAAACGGCAAACUUCGCAAGGCUAUAGUAUCCGCAUUUUACAACAUUUUGCAACGAAACUUCGGAAUAUUACUAAUUUUGUGAUGUUCUUUCAAGCGAUGAAAUUUUUGUCCAGGAAUAUCUAGAUCAAAAUUUCACUCAUAAGGGGAAAGCCAAUAUCUUAACAAUAAGCCAUUUCCAAAUUAUACCGUCGAAUUCCUACAUACAAUAGGUGCAUGGUGUGCAAGUUAAUAUAGCCCUGCGAAAUUUGCCGUUUUUCAGUCAUUUUGUAUUACAAAUGGGAAAUUGUUAAUCAGUUUGAUCAUCUGACUAUCAAUUUCCCGUUUGUAAUACAAAAUGACUAAAAAACGGCAAACUUCGCAAGGCUAUAGUAUCCGCAUUUUACAACAUUUUGCAACGAAACUUCGGAAUAUUACUAAUUUUGUGAUGUUCUUUCAAGCGAUGAAAUUUUUGUCCAGGAAUAUCUAGAUCAAAAUUUCACUCAUAAGGGGAAAGCCAAUAUCUUAACAAUAAGCCAUUUCCAAAUUAUACCGUCGAAUUCCUACAUACAAUAGGUGCAUGGUGUGCAAGUUACGUCGCCAUGUUGGAUGACAUUAACAAAGGAUUUUGCUUGUUUGCAAUGCAAAUAUCAUCCAACGUGGCGAAAAUGUCUUUUUCCUUUGAAUUCCAUGGGAGUGGUUGCACAUCACCUAUAGCCUAAGAACCAGGCUUCAUGGAAAGUUGUAAUAUUUCUAUAGCAAGUUUAGCACGAAGCAUCGACUUGGCGUUAUUUUUCUUGACUACUAUAGAGCCUACAGUAAUUCUGAAAUGGUCUUUUUAGAUUUUGCACGAGACGGACAAAAAAUACAAGUUAAAUUUGGAUAAGAUUAACAAACUCGAGGAGAAAGUGAAUAAUGAAAAGAAAAUCGUAAGUUGUCUCAACUUCAUAAAGUCAUACAGCGCAUAAAAUCUUUUUCCAAGUAUCAUGUACUGUACUAGAUCAUUAAAAUCGAAGAAGUCUUAUAGCUUCAGGCCAUCGGAUUAUACUUUAUCUCAGCUGAAUAUUGAGCAACUGAAUUCAGUUGCGUGGUAACGAGAUUUCAUUUUUCAUAGUACAGAUGUUUGAUCGUUUAAUUGUUCAAAAAACCCUUUAAAUAUUAAUGCCCAGAACUAUGUAUUGUUUCAACCAUCACUACAUGCAUCAUUAAUGUUCUCUUAAUAAGUAUUCUUACCCGACAUUUCAUACUUUAUAGGUCAAGGUUUGGGGUAUUCUAAUAUAUACUAUCAGUUUAUAUAUCAACUAUAUAUUUAUUACCUAACCGUUUAGUUGGAGAAUUUAGUGAAGAAACUUUACAGUCCUACAACUAAAGAAAUGACUACAACUCCCAUUAUUCCUACAACUGGUAAGUAUGUACAUGUCAAAUUAAUAUCUAUCAGGCAAGGCGAGGUCCUCGGCAGCUGUUAUUAUAGAAAGUUAAUAGUUUUCCCGGGUAACUGUUUACAUGAUACAACCAGGUAACUCCUGGGUAACAUUGGCAGGAUGGGUUUGAAAUUCAGUGUGGUUAUCUCCUGAGUACAUUCAACUCAGUGGCGAGGCUGGGGAAGUUUGAGUAAGUCGUUCUCUAAGACCUGCACGUCCUAAGGGGUCCUGGGCGUGCUGUCCCGGAAAUUUUAUAAUUCAAGAAGUCCGGAAUACCCAUUUCCUGCGAUUUAAGGGUGAAAUUUAUCAAGCAGAACAACAAAUAAAGUUGUAUGCCAAAACUUCCAGGGGGUUGAGGAAAAUGCUACCUCGAAAAUUUUUGAAUAUUUAGACCCUCAGAAAUCCCGGAAAUGCAACUAAAAUUUUGCAGAUUUAGCUUGCGUUCACUUUUAACUUCCACGUUUUCCCGUCAGUGCGACUUAUAAUUUACCUGAAAAUCAACUCAAGUCACCACCUGAAAUUACUCAUGAAAAUAUAUUGGCGAGAGCUGUGUUACACUCCCUAUACCCCUGAUCGCUACGUCCCUCAACUCGCCUUGGUGAGUCCUGGUAAAAAGAGGGGAAAUCUGGCCUACAUACGCAAAAACGCACAAGUUGCAACCAUCUAUGGUUGCAACAAACUGCAGCAGACUUGUAGCAAUGCUUUUCCAACAAAUUUUCAACAGGAUGUGUUCGCACCGCUUGUUCCCAGCUUUUUGACAAGUUGUUAACGGUUUGUUGCCAACUUGCUACAAGAUUGCUGAGCUCAACAAAGUUGUUACAAGUUGUGCCGACAACUUGUUAUCGUCCUGCAAUUCAACAACUUGUCAACAAGUUGUGAGUGACAGUCUUGUGGCAACUUGAUAAAAUAACAACAUUGUUACAACUUGUUAACAAGUUUGUUACAACAAGCUUGUUGCGAACACAACAUGCUGACGAGUUGUGAGAUUUUUGCGUGUGUAGGCGAAAUUAAUAUAGUUGUACUAUUGUAUUUGCGCGGGAAACUCAGGAACCGAGAUCCAGAAUGUAUAUGCCUUGCAUUUGAAAUACCAGCUUGAAAAUACAUACAAGUCAUUAGGUAUAUAAGCAUUAAUUUCCUGAAUUUCUCGGCGCUUAUUCCUGUAUUUCCACGAUAUUUUGUAAUGUUUUUUAAACAUUUCAAACGACUAUACGGCAAAUGCCGAGUACACACGCAAAAAUCUCACAAGUUGUAGCAAGUCUGCCAACAAGUUGUCUUCGCACUGCUUGUCCCAAGUUGUUAACAAGUAUGGAACAAGCUGUUAACAAUUUGUAACAACCUUGUUGAUAUUAUCAGACUUGUUGCAAGUCAAGAUACAGUCAUGAUAUAACAAUAUUGUUACAACCUUGUGUCGUCAACCUUGUAACAUUGUUGUUAUAUCAUGACUGUAUCAGACUUGUUAGAACAACCUUGUAAUAAGUCUGAUAAUACCAUCAAGCUUGGUACAAGUUGUUAACAGCUUGUUCCAAUCUUGUUACAACAACUGGGAACAUGCAGUGCGAACACAACUUGUCGACAGCUUGUGAACAGAUUUGUAACAGCUUGUUUGCAGAACUGUAACAACUUCUGCGUUUUUACGUGUGUAUCUCGAUUCCAUUUAAUCAUAUAAACAGACAGCCUAGCUAUUUGUUCCGCCUGAGCGAGUUGGCACCGAGUAUGAGAGAAAAUAGCCUGGGUACGAAGUUGUAACUCGCCUCGCCGGGUAACUCGUUUUCACAUAAACAGGCCCUUAGAAGAAUUAAAGUCGAUAAAAAAGUAAUUUCCGUCAAAGGCCAGACAUCCAAAAAUGUUUUCACGUAACUCUUGUGUUGAAGGAAAUGCACAAGAAAGAAAUAUUUUCAAAAUUAAAAAUCAAUAUUAUAGUUAUCAUGUUAUAUCAAUCAUGUUAUAUUGAUAAUAUUCAUUGCCUAAUUUGCAUUGUUAUAUAGUUAGUGUCAAAGUUCUGUUUGCCGAUUCGUCAAAACCGUGUCACGUGCCGGUCCACAAAACGUCUCGGCAACCGGUCCGCAAUCAUUCUCGUACCCAGAGCCCUUCUUACGCGCGUUCGACCGAGCGCGACGAGGGGCUCUGGCCAAAUCCAUAUCAAACUGGAUUCUGAUUAGCCACAACGAAAUAUAUGGUUCAUUGUAUAAAAUAUGAAUAAAAAUCAAGCGCUCCAUGAAGCGUUGGUUUCGUUUUGGAGAAAAUUGGGAGAAAAGACAUUAUUAAAGUUGAAAGAACAGCAGUACGAAGCAGUUAGGAAGAUUGUUGUUGAUAAUCGUCCACAAAAGCGGUAGAUGUCGCUAAUUUUAUUUAUUUAAAUCAAUUAGUUGAUUGAAAUUAAUAGGUUGAGACGUGAUGUUCUCAUAGCAAAAAGUCAGCAUAUAUUUAUGGCAAAUGCACGUCGUAUUCUCAAAUCAGUGAUAUUAAUUAAACAAAUCUGUGUUACAUGUUCAAAGCUGAAGUGCCAUCUGAAGAGAAAAUAUUAAAGCCAGCCAGAAUAUGAAGUUUGUGAUGACUAUUUUCUUCCUAGAAACCGAUUUUUUACAAUCUUCAAAUGAUUUGCAGUAUAGUAUGUCUUAUGUAUGACUGUUGACUUUUAAUAAAACAAAAAAAAAGUCUAAAAAUCUGUACAACAGCGACUUAAAAUCGAUUAUAAAAUAGUGAGACAAUCUCUCGUCUUCGUAUCCGUAUCCAUUACUGCUUUUGACAACGUUUAAGAGGGAAAUAUAUACUAAAUUUUAUCAACAUACAUUGAGAACAUCACGUCUUACCUACUAAUUGAUUUAAAUAAAUAAAAUUAGCGAAACCUACCGCUUUUGUGGGGUUUUCCUGGAGUAAAACUUUCAAAACGAAGCAAACAAGAAAACCGAAGUGUUUAUCUGCGUUUAACGCUGAUGUUAAACCGGAUACCAUGUUUUUAUGGUAUCCAGUUAUGGAUUUGGCCAGAGCCCCUCGUCGCGCUCGGUCGAACGCGCGUAAGAAGGGCUCUGGGUACGAGAAUGGUCCGCAAUCAAACAUUUAUUGACCGGUCAAUAGUAAAAUGGGUGCAAUACGCAUGCCUUUCAAUCAGUGCCGUCGCGAGGAACUCGCUUCAGGGGGGGGGGGUUAAAUCUACCUGAAAGUAUCAAAAUUUCAAAUCUUACCUGAAAUUUAUUUUUUUGGAAAACAUCUUUUUUGGCGACCUCCCCUCCCCCCCUCCCGUCGCCAAAAAAUUGCGCUCAGUGUACCAUUUUCGCGACAUAAAAAAAAUUUUUCCGGACAUCACAAAUUUUCUCCGCUUAUCAAAAAAUUUUUCCUAAAAUUCCGAAAAUAUACCUCAUUUUCUUCCAAAUUCAUAGUUAUUUUUGUAAAUUAACUUUCUCUUGUCCUAGGAAUUACCUGCAUUUGCGUUAAUUUACCCGAAUUUCUUCUGCAAAUCUACCUGAAUUUACCUGAAAUUGAUCAUAUAAGCAAUUAUCAGGGGGUGUUGUACCCCCAUCCCACCCCUCCCCGCUCGCUACGGCCCUGCUUUCAACCAUGAAGUUCCUGAAAGUUCAUUUUUAAAAACGUUUUACUAAACAUUUACGACGUUCCAUUCAUCCAGUUUUGGUUUCAAAUUAAGUUCACUCCAAUAACCGAUAAAUUAUUCCUACUUUGACACUUAUAUACUAUAUAACAAAACACUUAUUUACUGAGACCUCGGGAAAGCAGUGUGUUUUGUGGCCCCUCGACUGCCACAAAGCACACUGCUUCCCUCGGUCUCAGUAAAUAAGUGAUAACUAUAUCAGAGAGUACAAAAACUCUCAGAAAACCAGAAACACCACAGCGUAAAGAUUAGCCUGCCUGCGGAAAGCCGCGGGACCUCCGCCACGCAGUGAAUGUUGGGCUAGCUGGCUCCAUUCACUGUUCUGAGCACUCCGGAUUUUGGGAACACUAUAAUACAAUCAAACCGAAAACAGUUGCUUGACUGUUCUGGCUGACCCCAUUAUUAGACAGAUUUAGGUCGAAAACACGGACGUCUAAAAUGUCGUGUUGUGCCCAUGUAUGGAUAUGCCACGCCAUUUUCACGUCGUCUUUGUCGUCCACGUCCUCGAUCUAAAUCUGUCUAUUGAGUAGAGGCAGGCAGAACAGUCAUGUGAUCGUGAUCGGUUCCAUUCAUAUUAGUAGAGAGGUUAAGAUACCACGGUUCCAGUUUACGGGUACGAGUAUCGCCAUUUUGUUUACCAAUUUUUGCUGAUGUCGGCGAUUUUACCCGUAAUUUCUACCCGUUUCCCCGCGGUAAACGAUGGUCUACACGUAAAAGACAAACGGGUACAGGUGUUACUCUGCUUACUAUUUUUGGGCCGUUUAAAUAGUACAAAUUUUCAACAUUUUACCCAAAUAAAUAAUGCACAUAUGCUAGUGAAAGUUUUCAACAAUUUAUGGCGAGCCUCAACAGCGAAAGUUGCCAUUCUCUGAUCGGUUUUCCCACGCUGGAGUAUCUUGGAUUUUUUAAGUUACAAGCUAUUCCCCGAUUUACGGAUACGGGUACAUGUAGAUCACCCGUACCCGUAAACCGGAAUCGGGGUAUCUUAACCUCUCUAUAGAUCGGAAGAGCAUCCGGAUCACUCCGAACAGUAAAUAGAGCAGCCUGCUAAGAUAAAACUCAUUACUAACGUACAGCCUCUAUUUUCUAUCAUGGUUUCUCUCGUUUAAAUUAAUUUAGUUCUGCCUCAACGUAAAGAGUGUUUUGGAUAUAAAUGGCUGAGAGAAAGUAACAGAAACCAGAAAUAUUCACAACUCGAACACAAUUGUGACAGCGGUCUUUCCACAGGAUGGCAUAGAUUUGGAGGAGGAGCUGGGACCAAAAUGCCUACAACAUGUGUAUCUAAAAACAGAUGUGGAACGCAGGCCACAGGUUGGAUAAAUGGUGCUCACCCUACAGUUGCUGAUAGCAAGGUGACCAGGAAAGUGUGUUUCAAUUGGUCUGGUAAUUGUUGUAACUGGUCAGAUAACAUCGAGGUGGUUAACUGUGGACAGUAUUAUGUUUACAAACUAAGUGCUCCUUCAGCUGGUUGUAAUUUAAGAUAUUGUGGAUCAGAUAAUUGA